GGACGGUACUCGGUAGUUGUCAGGUGGUUGUCAGUUGGUUAUUAGUUUGUGGAGUGAUAUUUUGUGUUUGCAAGCAGAAAAUAUAAUUAAUUUACAAGUCCCAAAACUAUGAGCAUCGCAACAUAACGUACCUACCAGGAUGGCAGAAAAGACAGAAGUUCGUUUUGAAGAAGCAGAGAAACGCAAGGGGUUAAUUCUCAUACUGAUCACUAUCGUAGGCUGCGUGAUAUCUUGGGCGGUUCGACUUUAUCCACUUGUAUUGGCCGUGGUCGCGAUAUUGACAGUUUACUUACUGAGCGGAGACCGCUAUCAAUGGAUUUAUAUAUGGAGGAAGACACUUUACCGGGAUCUAUUAGGUCUCCGUGUUCUCCUAGCCACGAUGUUCAGGAUCUGGGUAUGGGAGAAAUGCGGCACAACGGUGGUCAGCCGUUGGGAAAAGGUGGCCAAGAUGUCGCCCAAUAAGAAAGCUUUUGUUAUGGACGAUCGGGCUAUUACUUUCCGUGAGGGUAACGAACUAAGCAACCGCAUAGCCUGGUACUUCAAGCGCCAAGGCUUCAAGCGGGGGGAGGUUAUAGCCCUUUUCAUGGAAACCCAACCAGAAUAUGUCUUCCUCUGGCUUGGGUUGGCAAAGCUAAGAGUUACUACAGCAUUGGUGAAUACGAAUUUAAGAGGAGCCCAGUUGAUUUACUGUUUAAGGAUCGCUGGGUGUAAAGCAGUCGUGUUUGGGGAUGAAAUGGCUGAUGCUAUAAAAUCGAUCCAGCAUGAAAUACCAGACAUACCUCUAUUCCAAUUUAAUUCCCCGGAUAGAGAAAAUGCUCCCAUUGUUCAAGACACCAUACCGUUAUCUUCAGAACUCACAGAAAUGUCCAUAGAAACUUAUGUAGACCCUGAACCAGCUAAACCUAGGGAUACUCUGCUGUAUAUUUAUACAAGUGGAACUACUGGGUUUCCCAAGGCAGCGAUAAUCACGAACAUAAGAUACCUCCUAAUUCCACUAGGAGUACAUAACUCCGCAUGGCUCUCGUCUUCCGAAGUGAUAUACGAUCCAUUGCCCUUACACCACACAGCUGGUGGAGUACUAGGAGCUGGCCAAUGUAUCGUAUUGGGAUGUACUGUUGCUUUAAGAAAGAAGUUUUCCGCUAGUAAUUAUUGGCGGGAUAUUGUGAAGCAUAAGUGUACGGCUGCCCAAUACAUAGGAGAAAUCUGUAGAUAUCUCCUAGCAGUACCGCCAGGGCCUGAUGAUAAGGCUCAUAAGGUAAAAGUGAUAUUUGGCAAUGGCCUCCGUCCACAGAUCUGGGAGGAAUUCGUUAAGAGGUUCAAUAUUGAGAGGGUCCUGGAGUUCUAUGGAGCUACGGAGGGGAAUAGUAAUUUGGUGAAUUUAGACUCCAAAGUAGGUGCCAUUGGGUUUCUCAGCCGUAUGGUGUCAUCGAUCUACCCUCUAACAUUGGUCAAAUGUGAUGAAAUAACAGGUGAAAUUCUUAGAGAUGCAAAUGGUAGAUGCAUUACUUGUGGCCCGCAUGAACCUGGGCUACUAUUAGGCAAAAUAGAUGCCAAAAAGGCGAUUCUUACGUUCGCGGGAUACGCAGAUAAAACGGCUUCGGAAAAGAAAAUGGUCCGCGACGUUAGAGUGCCAGGGGACUGUUAUUUCAACACAGGGGACAUACUGGUCAUGGACCAUUAUGGCUAUUUCUAUUUUAAAGACAGGACUGGUGAUACGUUUAGAUGGCGCGGCGAAAAUGUGUCCACUGCAGAAGUUGAAGGUGUUAUCAGUAACCUGAUCGGCUUGAAGGAUGCUGUUGUGUAUGGAGUUGCUAUACCAAACGUAGAAGGCAGAGCGGGCAUGGCAGCCAUCGCUGAUCCAGAAAGGAAAUUAGACUUUGAGUCUUUAGCAAUAGGGUUGAAAACAUCUCUCCCUGUAUACGCAAGACCAUUAUUCAUUAGAAUUCUUCCUGAACCACCUUUAACAGCUACUUUUAAAUUAAAAAAGAAGGAAUUAGUUGAACAAGGCUUUAAUAGAAAUAUCUUCAAUGAUCCCUUGUACUUUUUGGAUCAGAAAACGGGAAAAUACGUGCCGUUAACACAGAAACUAUAUGAUGAUAUAGUUCAAGGGAAUAUUAGGCUGUGAUUUCAUAGAUAUUUCUAGAUGAAAAGUAAAAAAAAGUUCGGUCGUUGGUUAAAAGUUAAAACAAAGAUUGCAUGGAUACGAAAAAAGUAGCACACGUGUCAAAAGUGAAACUUCUUCAUUCAAAGAUACCAAAAUCGUCGCCUUACUCCAUGACGUGACGGUAUUGCCAUGACGCGAUCUUAAAAUAUUACUCUCAAAGAAGUUUCAAAAUUCACGAACUAUUUUUCUGUGUAAUUGAAUAUUCCUAAGUUUAGAAAAUUGUUAAUCAAAGCUUUAGAAAAAAUAGUGUAGUAAAAUUAUUUUGUUAAGUUUUUGUUUAUCAGGGGACUGACAUUAUACUGCUGGUCAGUUUAGCGAUAGAGAGAGAUAGAAAGAGCUUUCAUAGCUCUGUCCCUGUCACUCAAGUAAUAAUUACUAUAUUUAUUUGUUGUUGUAUCAACUCUUUUUAUUUCCUUCCUUUUUUUAAUCUAAAUUUGAUUUUAAUUUGAAUUCAUUGAGUAUUAUUACUACGUAUAGAGAGGAGACCACGAACAAAAUUUGUGCGACA